CUACUCUUCUCUAACCUCCAUACUUGUAACAAAUAUGGUGGUAGAGAAGAGUGAUGAGGUGCUGGAAGAACAAAAACGUAAGCAACAUAAUGAAAGGAAGCAUAAUCAACACGGAGGAAUGAAAACAGCACCCUUCAUUCUUGCAAAUGAAGUGUGUGACAAAUUUGCAUCAAUUGGAUUCAAUGCAAACCUGAUGAGUUAUCUGACACAAGAGCUGCAUAUGGCAACGGUUACAGCCUCCAACACUCUGAUUAACUUUGACGGAGCAGCUAACCUCGCUCCUCUUCUUGGAGCUGUCAUUGCUGAGACUUUUGCUGGCACUUUUUGGACCAUCAUUCUUGGUUCUAUUCUCUGUGAACUGGGUUUGAUCAUUAUUACAAUUUCAGCAUCAAUGCACUCCCCAGCAUGCCAUGAAGCAACAUCCUCACAACUACGGCCACUCUAUCUGUCUCUCCUACUCAUAGCUUUUGGGUCAGGCUGCAUUAGGCCUUGUGUUGUGCCAUUUCUAGGAGACCAAUUUGACAUGACAAAAAAAGGUGUGGCAUCUAGAAAAUGGAAUCUCUUCAAUUUGUACACAUUUAGCAUGGGUUUGGCUCCACUCACUGCUUUGACCGUUGUGGUUUAUGUUCAAGAAAACAUGGGUUGGAGUUGGGGGCUUGGGAUCCCAACCAUUGCAAGGUUGAUUGCUAUAUUUGCCUUUGUUAUGGGCUCAUCAUUCUACAGAAAAGUUAAACCACAAGGGUGUAGUUUGAUUAGGUUGGUGCAAGUUCUUGUUGCUGCUAUAAGGAAGAGGAAAGAGGUCCUUCCAGAUGAUCCUAAACUUUUGUAUGAAAAUAAAGAGCUUGAUGCACCUAUUUCUUUGCAAGGAAGGCUUUUGCACACAUACCAGUUCAGAUGGUUAGACAAGGCAGCUACAGUGACAAAAGAAGAGUCCAAUAUCAAAGACACAAAAGAAGCACCAAAACUAUGGAGCCUAGCCACUGUACACAGAGUAGAAGAGCUAAAAUCUAUCCUCAGAUUGGUUCCAAUUUGUUUAUCAACCAUAUUGCACGUAGCAUCUGUGUCGUCCAACCAAAACUUCCUAAUUCAACAAGCGCGGUCUAUGGAUCGCCGCAUAACUUCUUCGUUCCAAAUCCCACCGGCCACCAUGUUUGUUUUCAGUGUGAUGACAAUGAUGAUUGGUGUCAUUUUAUAUGAACACCAUUUUGUUCCCUUUGCAAGUAGACUAACCAAGAAUCCUUCUGGCCUCACAUGCCUACAAAGAAUGGGAAUAGGGUAUGGAAUCAGCAUAAUAGCCACAAUAGUUUCAUCACUCAUUGAAAUCAAAAGAAAAAAUGUUGCUACAAAGUACAAUAUGUUGGACAGCCCUAAAGCCAUUAUUCCAAUUAGUGUGUUUUGGUUGUUACCCCAAAUUUGUUUGCAUGGUUUGGUUAAAGUGUUUAUGUCUGGUGGGCAUUUGGAGUUUCUCUAUGACCAAUCACCUGAGAGCAUGAGAAGCACCACCAUAGCUUUGUUUUCCAUAUUCAUAUCUAUUGGAAACUAUUGUAGCACUAUGAUGGUAUCUUUUGUUCAUAGGUUUAGUGGAAAUGAUGAGAGUAAUUGGUUGCCUAAUAGGAACUUGAAUAAGGGUAGAUUAGAGUAUUAUUACUUGCUUGUUAGUGUGGUGCAAGUUAUUAAUCUCAUUUAUUAUGUCAUUGUUGCUUGCUUUUACACUUACAAGCCUGUGGAAGAGAUUAGUAGUGUCAUGAUGAAUGGGAAAGAGGAUUUACAACAGGGAAAAGAAAAAAUCUUUGUACUUGAAAGUGGUUGUACUAUGGAGGAUCAAAACAUGAUUCUUACCGUUCAAAGGUGAAUGAAUAAGUCAAUGAUCAUUGACACAGGAAAAAAGAACUGAUGAACAUUUUUGCAUUUUAUUAGUUUCUUGUGUUACUUCAUUGAUGACAAGUUCCAUUGCCUUUCCAUGUGUUGUAAUAA